GAGAAAGAGAAGGCAAAAAGGUUGCAAUCGGAACCGGAUGAGGAAGGUUGGGUAACCAUUGGGAAAGGUGGAAGGAAACCUGGAGCAAGUAAAGUGGAAGCAGCUGAACUGCUGGAGAGAAGAAAGAAAAAGAAACAAAAGGUAGAGGUGGCAAGACAUGACUGUUUAUAACUUUAUAUAGUUUGUGUUUGUGGGUAACCAAAAAUCAUUUGCAGUUAGCCUUGCAAGGGAAGCGAACAAGUUUGGUAGUUGGGGGACCGGGGGACUGGAGGAAACCUUUUGGGCAACUGGGUCUGAGAAAGUCAAUAGGAAACAUAGCUCUGAGCUUGAGAUUAAUGAUAAAUAAAAUGUCUUUUGCGGCUAUCGUAGCUUACAGAAAUGGGACGGAGGGUUCGAAUUUUCAUAUUUGAAACAUUGUGAUUGCCAUUAGUAAUAUGUCUGACAACAGGCUAUUUAGCUUGAAUAAGCUUCGUUACCAAUGGCUGCAUGCCAAUGCUCACCAAACCUUGUCCUCAAAGAUCUUCCAGUUUCCCCAAUAUAAAGCGUGCCACAUCUAUAUUCAGACCGUUCCAGAUAUAAUUCUGAGGUCAUUUAACUGAAUAAAUCUUCCAUGUUUUAAUUCCAGCAACAACUCUACUUUUAUAACUUUCAACAACGAGAAACGAGAAGAGAACGUGAGUUUUUCAUAUUUUUCAUAAUAUCCUUUUCUCUUGAAGACUUUGGUGCAAAAUUUGACCAAUUUCAAAUAAUCUUAUUACUCUUGAUGAUCCAUCUAAUAUUUGUUCAUUUUUUUACUUCUGUUUGAAAUUCUAGAUAUUGCACAAUUGCGGAAGAAAUUCGAAGAGGAUAAGGAAAAAGUGGCGAAAAUGAAAGCAGCGAGAAAGUUCAGACCUUAUUGA